AUGAAACAAUUGUUUCUACUUGUAAUUCUAAUUGGUUGUCAAGCUAAUAAUGAUCAUUAUCAAAUAACAUUAAUGAGUUAUAAUGUUAUGCUUUUACCAAGUAUACUUGUCUUUGAACGUGAUCAAAUAACUCGUGCUCAUUUAUUAACUAAAGCCAAAUUUCUUCGUUCAACUGAUAUACUUUGUUUACAAGAAGUUUUUCAAACAAAACCAAGUGAAAUAUUACUUAAUGCAUUAAGUGAAACAUAUCCUUAUAGUACACCAAUACUUGGUGAAGAAGAUGAUAAAGAUGAAUGGAAUGAAACAUGGAAUGAUCAUAUCAGUUCUAGUUCAUUAAAAUUUGUUAGUGGUGGUGUUACAAUUUUAAGUAGAUGGCCAAUUAUUUAUGCUGUACAAUAUUUUUAUGAACAUUCAUGUAGUGCACAUAAUUUUGUUCGAACUGGUUUUGUUUAUGCUAAAAUUUUAUAUGGUAAAUAUAAACAUCCUAUACAUGUGUUUGGAACACAUUUACAACCAAAUGAUCAUCGUGGUUGUUAUUUAUAUGGUGAAGAUAAAAUACGUGAAAAACAAAUGUAUAAAUUAAAUAAUUUUCUUCAAUUAAGAAAUAUUUCUUCUGAUGAACUUGUUUUUAUACUUGGUGAUUUUAAUAUUAAUAAAUAUAAUGUGAAACAAUAUGAAAAAAUGCUUAAAAUAUUAAAUGUUCAUGAACAAUAUUUAUAUCCAUCAAGUAUACCAUGCAGUUGGGAUAGUUCAUUUAAUGCAAUGACUAAUUCAAAACAUGCAAAUCAAUUAUUAGAUUAUGUUUUAAUACAUAAAAAUCAUACACCAAAACAUACUUUUUGGUAUAAUCUUAUAACAGAUCGAAUGGCAUCUAAACAAUGGCAUUUACUUGGUCAAAAUCAUUUAUUUUAUAAUACACGUAAUAUUCCUUUAUUAGAAUUGUCCGAUCAUUAUCCAGUUAUUGGUUUUUUUAAUCAAAGUAAACAACAAUGGUCAUAUAGACCAUCAGGUGUUUUAACAUAUGUUAAAUUUCUAACUGUUGAUACAAAUUUACCAGUUAUUAUUGUUGAUCGUGAACUACGAAUAGGCACAUCAACAAAUCAAACAGGUUCUUUAUUUAUUUUAACAAAUAAUGGUACACCACGUCGACAUCGAUGUUUAAGAUCCGAACAAUAUAUUUUAUUAAUUGAUGCUAAUAGAACUGAAUUUUAUCUAUCAAAUGAAAAAUUAUUUCGAAUGAAAUAUGGUAAAGAACAUGUUAAUCGAUAUUUGAAAAUAAUUCAAAUUGAUAAUAAAUCAACAUGUAUUAAAACAAAUUCAACUAUUAUUUUUCAAUCACGUUUAUCAACUGGUUUUUAUUAUGUUAACAAUCAAAAUUCACAUUUAUGUGCAUGUGCAAAGAAUAAACAACAAGCUCAAUUAUUUCGUUUAAUUGAAGUUGAACGCAAAAAUAUUACUUGUACUAUGGCAUAUGAAAAAUAA